AUGUGCAAAGCUGAUGAGCAGCCAGCUUGUGCUAGCUUAAAGAAAAAACUAGAGGAGAAGGUUGCCAACCCAAUGGAUUUCCUGAAGCACUUAAAGGACCCAGUAGGAAAAACCAGAUCUGCAAUCCGUGCUGCUGAUUACUUGGAAACUACUUUGAAACUCCUCAAAAUAAAGCUGCGUUUGUCUGGGAAAUGGAGAUUCAAUGUUACAGACCUACUAGACAGAAAACAGAAGGAGAUGAUUUCCAAAGAAACCGGCUGUGACUAUCAGAUUCGUUCCAUUAAAUGCCCAAAGCAUGACAUUUACCGGACCAUUACUGGGGAGUGCAACAACAGAAAGCGUUCUUACCUGGGGUCCUCAAACCGUGCAUUUGCUCGCUGGCUCCCUGCAGUGUAUGAAGAUGGAGUGUCUGUUCCCAGAGGAGCAAGUGAAGGAAAGCUGUACAAUGGAUUUCCACUCCCGCUGGUCCGAAAAGUGUCUAAUGAAAUUGCUCACACAGCCAAUGAGAACGUCACUCAAGAUCAAGAGCUCUCUCUUGUCUUCAUGCACUGGGGCCAGUGGGUCAACCAUGACAUAGACUUAGCCCCUUCCAGCGGUGCAGGAGCUAGCCCAGAGCUCCACUGCGAGACCAGUUGUGCCUUCAAGCCCCCUUGCUUCCCGAUUAUGUUUCCCCCUGAUGACCCACGGAUGCUGAGGUCAAACUCUUGCAUGCCAUUUGUCCAGUCGGCGUCCGUGUGCAAUCCCAGGACGUUUACUCGUGAGCAGAUCAACGCCGUGAGCUCGUUCAUCGAUGCCAGCACGGUGUAUGGCAGCGAAGACUCUGUGGCAAAGAGUAUUAGAAAUCAGACAAACCAGCUGGGUUUGAUGGCUGUGAACCAGAAUUUUACUGAUGCGGGACUGGAAUUAUUGCCCUUUGAGAACAAAACAAAAAGUGUUUGUGUUCUCACCAAUGAGAGCGUGAGCAUCCCCUGUUUUAAAGCAGGUGACAAGCGGGUAACUGAAAACCUGGGACUUUCUGCACUGCACACUGUCUUUCUACGAGAACACAACCGUCUGGUUACAGAGCUGAGGAAAUUAAAUCCUCACUGGGAUGGAGAAAAGCUUUACCAAGAGAGUCGAAAGAUUGUAGUUGCCAUAAACCAGGUAUUGAUCACUGCUCUCUGUUUUUCCUCUGC